AAAUCGCCUCCUCUCCCAACUGCAGGUCCAAAGAGCUGCCUGCUUCUGCUGGCUAGAGCUGAGAGGCAGGGGAAAGAGAUAAGAGAGAUGUCGAAGGAGGUGGUUGGGAAGGCGGAGCACCCGCCGGUGAAGGACUACCAUGACCCGCCUCCUGCUCCUCUGUUUGAUUUUGGGGAGCUCAGGCUCUGGUCAUUCUACAGGGCGCUCAUCGCCGAGUUCGUCGCUACCCUGCUCUUCCUUUACGUUUCGGUGGCCACCGUCAUCGGGUACAAAGUCCAGUCGCAGGGAGAUGAGUGCGGCGGCGUCGGCACCCUGGGCAUCGCUUGGGCCUUCGGUGGCAUGAUCUUUAUCCUUGUCUACUGCACCGCCGGCAUCUCAGGCGGGCACAUCAACCCGGCGGUGACGCUUGGGCUGUUCCUGGCACGGAAGGUGUCGCUGGUGCGCGCGGUGCUUUACAUGGUGGCGCAGUGCCUGGGCGCCAUCUGCGGCGUGGGGAUCGUGAAGGGCAUCAUGAAGCAUCAAUUCAACCAGUUCGGCGGCGGCGCGAACUCUGUGGCCUUGGGCUACUCGAAGGGCACCGCGCUCGGCGCCGAGAUCAUCGGUACUUUCGUCCUCGUCUACACCGUCUUCUCCGCCACGGACCCCAAGCGCAGCGCGCGCGAUUCCCACGUCCCGGUCCUGGCUCCCCUGCCCAUCGGUUUUGCAGUGUUUAUGGUGCAUUUGGCGACGAUUCCCAUCACCGGCACCGGCAUCAACCCCGCGAGGAGUUUUGGAGCCGCCGUCAUCUACAACCAUAGCAAGCCAUGGCAUGACCACUGGAUCUUUUGGGUCGGUCCUUUCGUCGGAGCACUUGCGGCGGCCGUGUACCACCAGUUCGUGCUGAGAGCGGCGGCCGUCAAGGCCUUGGGAUCGUUCCGGAGCACCCGCAGCAUAUAAAACUACAUGGAGCAGCACUGCGCCUUCGUCUAGCCCAUCAUUGUUGCUCUGUUGAUUCCAAUCCACUUUUUAAUUUAUAUCGAAAGCAAGUAGCUUGUGGUGGCUUUAAAUCAAGUUAAUUUCUUUAGAUUAAUUUCUGCAGUGGCUUCACCUUUGUUUAAUAUCGUGUAAUCCAGUGAUUACUCGUGCAGUUCAUAGUUAAUCCCCCUUUGUUCCAAGUGGUCAUUGAGAGAUAAAUAAAGCAAGGAUGAAAGAUUAGAGUAUAA